AUGCUUCUCAAAAAACCAGAACAAACCAAAAUAACCAUCUUCUUAUCUGGUUAUUGUGAAGAUGAAGACAAUUCGGACGAAGAAGAAGAAGAGGAGGAAACAAGCGAAGACUCAGACGAUAUCCAGUUCAUUUCCAUCCGUAAAAAACAUUAA